CCUAAACUGGAGCCAUCUAGAAAUUGUGGACCUCAGAAAGAACCAAAAGAUACCGCCUUGACAACCAUCUUCUCAAACCGUUAUUUCCCCGCGAUCAACCAAACCCAACCCCAAUUGGGUUUUCCACUUUCCCCAGAUCGAGCAUCUGAACACUAUGCGGGUCGAUCGUCGGCUCUCAUACCACCCAUGCAGCAUGGCUAAAGGAGCUGCGGCCGAGCGUCGGCUGUAGAAAACAAUAUAAGACAGCCACUUUGCCCACACCUUGUGGUACUUUGUGAGUCCUCAAUGUAAACAAUAUCGAUCAGCGGACCAUCAAUUGAGCCCUCUGUUAUCAUCUUGUCGCGAUGCUGAAAUCAUUCAUCUUUACGUCCUUGGCCUUGGUGGCCACAGCUGUGACCGGCUUGAAAACCCCUACACCACCAGGCCUCGAAUUCCUAUAUUCCCUCAAUUGUAGUCUCGGCGAACCGUUUUCCACGGGCGUUGGGCCAUAUGGAGAGGUCCGUGUGAUCCCAAUUACCGGCGGAUACUUUGAAGGCCCGAAGAUUAAAGGAGACGUUCUUAAUCUUGGGGCAGACUGGAACUACCUCGAUAACCGGGGUACUGGCCACCCUGACACGAGGUAUCAACUGAGGACCGAUGACGGCGCGAACAUCUUCAUCAAGACCGCUGGAUCCGAUCAACCUGACGGCGUGAUUCAUCUACGCGGUAUCUACGAAACAGGAUCUGAGAAGUACUUCUGGCUCAAUUACGUCACAGCUGUUGGCAUCCUAAAGCCUGGUGUUGGUUAUGUAACAAUUGACAUGUGGUACCUCAAGUCUCCUUCAAACGGUACCAUUGCUGUGGAAUAGGGGGCCGAAGAGCAGCUGCAUGGCGGGGAACGAAUCGCGUACACAUCGCAAGGGAGAAGGAUAUGCGGCGACCUGUCUCUUGUAAAACAGAAGUCAUGGCGAAUGGGUUUCGGACGAGUUUGGAACGCAUUCCAGUUCGGCCCUACCCCUCAAGAAACAGAGAACUGUUAGGAUUAGAGCAUCAAAUGUAGG